AUUGCUAUCAGUUGCAUGUCCUUUCCAUCGAAUGAGAUUAACAAUCUGGUUAUGGGUAGUGAAGAUGGCAAUGUUUAUUAUGCUUAUCGACAUGGAAUACGUUCGGGUGUGUCUGAAGUCUAUGAGAAACAUUUGGGUCCAGUGACGGGAAUAUCAACUCAUCCAAAUCAAUCUACAACAGAUUUUGGUGAUUUGUUUCUUACAUCGUCCAUUGAUUGGACAAUAAAGUUAUGGAGUCUUAAGGACACUAAACCAUUAUAUUCAUUUAAAGAAAAUUCAAAUUAUGUUAUGGUCUCCAAUUCAUCCCGCCUUGUUCGCUUCUGUCGACGGCAGUGGUCGCCUUGAUUUAUGGAAUACCGAAGUGCCCUCGGCAUCGGUGAUUGUUUUUUUUUUUGUUUUGUGUAUGUAUGAUAAUGAAAAUUAGUAAAAGAGUAUUUACUGAGUAGGUACCUACUUAUGAAAAAAAAAAAAAACAUGAAACAAAAAUGUUAAAUAAAUAUAUAGGUAAAUUUUGUCAAAAGCUGAGUAAUUCUUUCUUUGAGUAUGUUUUUUAUUUCUAAAAACUAAUACAAAGUUAUGUGUUGAAUUUUUUAUGGAAACAUUUUGUAAGUCUGAUGUAAAAGUGCAGUUCCGAGAUUAUGCAGUGAGGCGCGCACAAAUUUGUUCAUUUAAUUUUCAUAUCGGAUUGGAAACUUGUCAGAUAAAUCUUAAUGAGAAAAAGCAAAACGGAUUACGUUUUAAUUUUGCAAUUUGCAAUUUAAUAAUAAAAUAACUUAUUUCUAAGAUACAUUUAAAAUUUUGAUGGCACAA